AUGUUGAAGCUUCUGCUUCCCCAACAUAGAACAUCAGUUUACUUGUUCAAGUUUCAAUUUUUCAACUUUAGAUUCUUAUCUCAAUCUCCUUCUCUGUCAAAUUCGGCAUCUUCUUUCUCUUCUUCGAGUCUGGCUGAAGCAAUACUGAAAUGCAGAUCAGCGGAAGAAGCGUUCAAGCUGUUCGAAACGUCUUCGAGAUCUCGAGUCUCCAAGUCAAACGAUCUUCAAUCUUUUUCGGCAGUGAUUCAUGUUUUAACCGGAGCUCACAAGUAUACGCUCGCCAGAUGUUUGAUAAAAAGCCUCAUAGAACGUCUGAAACGCCACAGUGAGCCGAGUAACAUGUCUCAUAGACUUUUCAAUGCUCUGGAAGAUAUUCAGAGUCCAAAAUUCAGUAUCGGAGUGUUUAGUCUAUUGAUUAUGGAGUUUCUGGAGAUGGGUUUGUUUGAAGAAGCUCUUUGGGUGAGUCGAGAGAUGAAAUGUUCACCGGAUUCAAAAGCUUGUCUUUCGAUUUUGAAUGGCUUGGUUAGAAGGAGACGGUUUGAUUCAGUUUGGGUUGAUUACCAACUUAUGAUCUCUCGUGGGUUGGUCCCUGAUGUCCACAUUUACUUUGUUUUGUUUCAAUGCUGUUUCAAGCAAGGUCUUUACUCCAAGAAAGAGAAACUUCUUGAUGAAAUGACGUCGUUAGGGAUCAAGCCGAAUGUUUAUAUCUAUACCAUAUAUAUCCUUGAUCUCUGUAGGGAUAAUAAGAUGGAGGAAGCGGAGAAAAUGUUCGAGUUGAUGAAGAAACAUGGUGUUCUUCCAAACUUGUAUACUUACAGUGCAAUGAUUGAUGGUUACUGCAAGACCGGUAACGUGAGACAAGCUUACGGAUUGUAUAAGGAGAUUCUUGUUGCUGAAUUGCUGCCAAAUGUUGUUGUUUUCGGUACAUUGGUCGAUGGAUUUUGCAAAGCUCGCGAAUUGGUAACUGCGAGGAGCCUUUUCGUGCAUAUGGUGAAGUUUGGGGUUGAUCCUAAUUUAUAUGUUUAUAACUGUUUAAUUCAUGGACAUUGCAAAUCAGGGAACAUGUUGGAAGCAGUGGGAUUACUUUCUGAGAUGGAAAGUUUGAAUCUUUCGCCUGAUGUAUUCACUUACACUAUACUUAUCAACGGGCUAUGUAUUGAAGAUCAGGUAGCAGAAGCAAAUCGAUUAUUUCAGAAGAUGAAGAAUGAGAGAAUUUUUCCGAGCUCUGCGACUUACAACUCGCUGAUUCAUGGGUAUUGUAAAGAAUACAAUAUGGAGCAAGCUCUGGAUUUGUGCUCUGAGAUGACAGCAAGUGGUGUAGAACCCAACAUCAUAACCUUUUCUACUUUGAUCGAUGGUUACUGCAAUGUGAGAGACAUAAAAGCUGCAAUGGGCUUGUACUUCGAGAUGACCAUCAAAGGUAUAGUUCCUGAUGUUGUGACCUACACAGCUUUGAUUGAUGCACAUUUCAAGGAGGCCAACAUGAAAGAAGCACUCAGGCUGUAUAGUGACAUGCUAGAGGCAGGAAUCCACCCCAAUGAUCACACGUUCGCUUGCCUAGUAGAUGGAUUCUGGAAAGAAGGACGACUCUCUGUUGCCAUCGAUUUUUAUCAAGAAAACAAUCAACAGAGGAGCUGUUGGAAUCAUGUGGGGUUUACAUGCUUGAUUGAAGGGUUGUGUCAGAACGGCUACAUUCUUAGAGCUAGCAGAUUCUUCUCAGACAUGAGAUCCUGCGGGAUAACCCCUGACAUAUGCAGUUACGUUUCAAUGUUAAAGGGCCACCUCCAAGAAAAGCGUAUUACUGAUACAAUGAUGUUGCAGUGUGACAUGAUCAAAACUGGGAUAUUGCCAAACCUUUUGGUGAAUCAAUUGCUAGCCAGGUUUUACCAAGCGAAUGGAUAUGUAAAAUCAGCUUGUUUUUUGACCAAUUCAAGUCGUUUGAAAACUGUCAGCAAUUCCUGUUAG